CUGUUUUUAAAAGGGAGCUAGCCAUAGUGUUGCUUCUCUGAAAGAUCUCAACUGCCCAGUUAUGGUUGUUGGCUUCAUAAUCUAAAUUAGCUUUCAACCUUCUAAAAAUUUCUAAAGCUUAUUAUUGCAGCUAAUUAAGCCAUUCUUUAUUUCUUUGUUCCCUCAUUAAAAAUGAAGGUCGGGAGAGCUCUAGUUGACCAAAUUAAAUUGUCCUUAAAUUGUGGGUAGUUGAUGAAAGAAAGCCCAUUUCUCUUUUUCCUCUCCAUUUCUCUGUCCGUCCCAUGAUUAAUUGCUUCUCAACUUAGAAUUUAGUCUGUGUUUAGCUUUUGGAGAGGAGAGUAACUUGUAUAUGAUAACUUUUGCCAUACCUCCUAUUAUCUUCUCCACUUUUUGUGUGCAUUAGGAGUUUUCGCACAUAAUAUCAUGUCGUCGUCGUCUACCGCGCUAGCCAGAGUAGGGCGAGAUCGACAGCGUUAUGAGAAUGAGCUUCGACUUGUUGCAGGAUGCAUUCCUUAUAAACUAAAAACCGAAGGUUCAGAUCUGAUAUAUAGAUUGGAAGUCCUCAUGAUUGCUACGCCAAAUCGACAUGAUCUUGUUUUCCCAAAGGGAGGAUGGGAGAAUGAUGAGAGUAUGAGUGAAGCUGCAAGCAGGGAAGCUCUUGAGGAAGCAGGAGUAAGAGGAAUUCUCAAUCAGGAAACCAUAUUGGGAGAGUGGAUUUUUAGAAGCAAGAGCAGGCAGAACAGUUGCAGCAACGUGGGAGCUUGCAAAGGCUACAUGUUUGCGUUAGAAGUGCAUGAAGAACUUGAAUACUGGCCUGAACAAUCUACCCACAAGAGGAUAUGGGUAAGCGUUGCGGAUGCAUUCAGGCUCAGCAGAUACCCGUGGAUGUGCGAAGCUCUUACCUCCUGCAUAAAGCUUCUAUCAAAAAAUCUUGGACUUCAACAGUGUACCCCUUCUAAUAAUUUGUUCGAAAGAACAAGCAAUGUUUCGGAGCAAGCAACCUGUACCACUGCAAGAGAUAGAACGGCCAACGCAUCGAAACCGUCGAAUUUCUACUUCAACGUUAAAUCAACGGCGCCUGAUCGAGCAAUCGACGUAUCGGAGCCGUCCGAUUACUACUUCAAAACUAACUCAGCCGCACCUGAAAGGGCGACCGAUGCUACUGUUGAUGUUUCUUCAUACAUCGUGACUAACGGUAGUAGUGAGGCUUCACGGUGCAUUGUGACAUUAUGUGAUUUCACUAAAGUUAUGAACGAUAGGUGCUAUUAGAUGUUUCUACA